ACAUACCUAUCACUUCGCUGCCACGAAACAAAACGCACUUUACAUCACCAUAGUUUAAUUACGCUCGUUCGAAUUUUCUUGUCCGCGCCAGACAUGGCUGAUACCCAACCGCGACCAAACGACGCCGUUCCUUCGAAGGAGCGCCUCGGCACACGAUGCUGUCACUGCCUCUGCCAAACUUUCUGGAUCCUUUUGGUUCUCAUAAUCACCAUCGUCAUGCUUGCGAUUCUUGUCCUGUACAUCAUCAUCACACCACGCUCCUUCAGGUUCACCCUGAUUGACGCGAACCUCACACAAUUUGAUUACACCGCCAACAACAGCACUCUCUACUACGACCUCGUUCUCAACAUCACCGCGCACAACCCCAACAAGAGGCUCAAGAUCUACUACGACGUCGUUCGGGCCCACGCGCUUUACCGGCGCGUGGAGUUCUCCGCCGCCGACGUCAACAUGCCCUGGAACGGCUACCUUCAGGACAAGAAGGGCACGAACUUCUUCGGCGCUGUUUUCUCGGGACAACGUGUGAUGGGGCUGAAUAGAGACCAAAUCGCUGAAGAUAAAAAAGAUGGGGUGUUCCCUAUUGACCUUAAGAUUCAUUUUACUAUGAGGUUCAGGCUUGAUGAUUUUCAGUUAGGUCACUACUAUCCCAGAGGCACGUGUGAGCUCAAGGUACCUUUGACUUCUAAUAAUGGAAAUAAGGUGGCUUCUUUUCACCCUGCCAUGUGCGAAAUCGACUUCUGAAUCUCUAAGUACAUAUUUUGAUCUUGUCUACUGAAUUCGUGAAUGUAAAUUUGUAAUUCAUGAUACUAUAUUUUAGUGGCAGAUGAUUUUUUUUAGAAUAA